UGCGCUGGGCUGCUCUGCUGGAGGCUGGCACCAGGUCCCCGAGCAGCACCAGCCUCAGGAGACCCAAGUGGGAACUGUGAGCUUGCGGGUGCUGAGACCACACUCGGCACCGCUGUGGCCACGUAGCCUCUUGUGUGAGUGCCCAGGGAGGUGCCCCCUCAUUUGCCUGCCCGGGGCUGGGUCACCUGGAAAGUAGGACGAGAUGCCGUGUGCCCGCAGCUGCUUCUGCAGCUCAGGGUGGACCUCAGGGAUGUCCUCAAUAGGAACCAGGUCUUCGGUGACAUUCUUUCUGACACAGCUGGGCUCAGCCAGCCACUUAGGCAGGAAAGGCUGGACCUGCCACCAAAAGCAGAGACUAGGUGAGUGCUUUGCAGGUUCUCAGGCGAAACCCAGGGCGGAAGAGGCUGUGGGACGGAGGCCAGGGAAGCGUCCUCUCGAGUCUUCAGCUCCUCAGCCCCAAGACGCUUUCUAUGAAGCCUUCAGAGAAAUUGAACAGCAACAGCAAAUGCCACCCCCGGAACACGCUCAGCCAGUAGCCUCCUCUCAACCCACGGUGGCACCCACCUGCCCGCACACAGGAGGCCCUGUGACCUGGCGCUCACUUGCCCCAGCCAUGCCACUGUCCCUGCCUCAAGGCCUCUGCCUGGCAGCCCCAAACCCCAACCUUGACCUGGCUUCAAAUUUUUGCUUCCAGCUCAGAGAACCUCUUCGACCCUCCCUAAAGUGCCCUAAACCUGUCGCUUUCUUCAUCUGUCUCCCAGGUAUCUCUACCGAAAACCACCUGCGCUAAGCUAAGCAAAAACAGCUGCCGCGGCGGGAGGGCAGAGCAGCAGCGGAAGCGGGAGCACUGUUCAUGCAGGUUCCGGACCCCUAGGGGAAGAAACUGCAGGCUCGCCAGCGAGGCUGUGACCCCGCAACGCUUGCUCAACGAAGCCUCCCUGGGCGACCGCCUCCACUCCCAGGCCGACCACCCUCCUGGCCGCCGGCGCUGCUCACCUUCAGCGCCUUCUUCCUCCCGAACCCACCGAGCACCAGGCCGGGAGCCAGGGGUCCGGCCACCUCCUCGGCGCGCGCACUGCGCUCCCCCGGCGCCUCCUCGCCGCUCCCUGCGCCGCGCUCCCCCGGCGCCUCCUCGCCGCUUUCAGCCCGGCAGACACCUGCUGGACAGCGCGUCAGCACCGGGUCGCCGGCGCCUCGGAGGAAGCCCGCUCGCCCCGCGCGCCGCGGCCCACCUGCGCCCGCGUCCACGCCGUCCGCCUUCCGCCGCUUUCCCCCACGCGCCUCCGGGCUCUCCGGCUCCGCGCCGUUCACCCGCCGCCGCCGCCGGGGCCGCCGUCGCUUCCUGCUUGUCGGCUCGGUCGGUGCAGCCGCCUCGGUCGGCGCGGGCUCCCGCUGCUGCUGCCGCUCGCGGGCCCGGCUCUGCAGCCGCUCGAGCAGCGUGCGGGCCCGACCGUGCGCCCCGACCUCCGCUCCCUCCGACCUUGCAUCUGCCGCCGUCUCGGGUCCCGGGUACCGCGCGACAUAGAACAGUGCCAUGGCCAGCCGCACGCCUGGGACUCGGGAUCGGCGCGCGGCGAUGACGUCGGCGGCACGCCUGGGACUCGGGCUCGGCGCGCAAAGCUAGGGUUUGGGUGUGGCGCGUAGAGAUGACGUCAGACUCUACGCGCGGCAGCGACGCCACGGAUCGCCGGCGGCUGGGUAUCCACGUGUUUCUGUGUUGGGGGCGUCAUGGAGCGGGAACCCGGCGCCGCGGGCGCUCGCCGGGCGCUGGGCCGGCGGCUGGAGGCGGUGCUGGCGAGUCGCAGUGAGGCCAACGCCGUUUUCGACAUCCUGGCGGUGCUGCAGUCUGAGAACCAGGAGGAGAUCCAGGAAGCAGUCCGCACGUGCAGCCGUCUUUUUGGGGCGUUGCUGGAGCGGGGAGAGCUGUUUGUGGGCCAGCUGCCCCCUGAGGAGAUGGUCAUGACAGGGUCCAGGGGAGCCAUGCGCAAGUACAAGGUGUGGAUGAGACACCGCUAUCACAGCUGCUGCAACCGCCUGGGGGAGCUCCUGGGGCACCCCUCCUUUCAGGUCAAGGAGCUGGCCCUGGGCACACUCAUGAAGUUGGUGCAGCUGGAAGGAGUGCACCCGCUGGAGAAGCCCAGGUGGGAAGGCAACUACCUGUUCCCCCAAGACCUCCUCAAGCUGGUGGUGGGAGGCCUGCUGUCUCCUGAGGAGGACCAAAGCCUACUCCUGUCCCAGUUCCGGGAGUACCUGGACCAUGAUGACGUUUGCUACCACACCAUGCGGGCAGCCGUGGACACCGUGGCCCGGGUCACUGGUCAGCACCCCGAGGUGCCCCCCGCCUUCUGGAACAACGCCUUCACGCUGCUGUCCGCCGUGAGCCUGCCCCGCCGGGAGCCCACCGUCUCCAGCUUCUAUGUGAAGCGCGCGGAGCUGUCGGACACCUGGAAGGUCGCUCACCUGAAGGAGCACAGGAAGGCUUUUCAGGCCAUGUGGCUCAACUUCCUCAAGCACAAGCUGCCCCUCAGCCUCUACAAGAAGGUGCUGGUGAUCAUGCAUGAUGCCAUCCUGCCGCAGCUGGCACAGCCCACGCUCAUGAUUGACUUCCUCACUCGCGCCUGCGACCUGGGGGGUGCUCUCAGCCUCUUGGCCUUGAACGGGCUGUUCAUCCUGAUUCACGAGCACAACCUGGAGUACCCUGACUUCUACCGGAAGCUCUAUGGCCUCCUGGACCCCUCCGUCUUUCACGUCAAGUACCGAGCUCGCUUCUUCCGCCUGGCCGACGUCUUCCUGUCGUCCUCCCACCUCCCCGCCUACCUGGUGGCUGCCUUCGCCAAGCGCCUGGCCCGCCUGGCCCUGACGGCUCCCCCCGAGGCCCUGCUCAUGGUCCUGCCCUUCAUCUGUAACCUGCUGCGUCGGCACCCCGCCUGCCGCGUCCUGGUGCACCGCCCACACGGGCCUGAGUUGGACGCUGACCCCUACGAUCCCGGAGAGGAGGACCCGGCCCAGAGCCGGGCCCUGGAGAGCUCCCUGUGGGAGCUUCAGGCCCUCCAACGCCACUACCACCCUGAGGUGUCCAAAGCCGCCAGUGUCAUCAACCAGGCCCUGUCUGUGCCCGAGGUCAGCAUCUCGCCGCUGCUGGAGCUCACGGCCUAUGAGAUCUUUGAGCGGGACCUGAAGAAGAAAGGGCCGGAGCCGGUGCCCCUGGAGUUUCUCCCAGCCCAGGGGCUGCUGGGACGGCCGGGCGAUGUCUGUGCCCAGCACUUCACGCUCAGCUGACCCUGCCCACCUGAGAAUAAAUGGUUUUACAGGA